AUGAAGACCCUCUCCCUGAGGACACAUUAUCUUCUCUUGCAGAUGCAACUCCUGCAAUGGAUGCUGAUCCUGCCUGCAACAUUGCUACAAAUCAAGACCGCUAAUGGAGGAUUUGAGGACCCUGGCUUAGCUUCCCAAAAAGUUUUCGGCCUCCCCUGUGAAUGCCAGGGAGGACAUUGGACUACCGCUCCCACAAGCUACUCCCAGGCUGUAGAUUGCACAACUAAGACGGCUUACCAGCGUGUGGAGGUCAACUCCUACACUGGAGGAUAUUAUCAGCCUACAUGGGUAUGUGUUAAUAAACCAAAAAUCUCCCAGCCCUCUUCCAAAGAACCUAAAAAUUGUUCAGCUACCUGUCACUACACUUUGGCAGUUCAUAGUUCUUGCUAUACGCAAGCCUCAUUCUGUCUUGGCAAAGACAGAAAACAAUACUUUGAGGCCAUUCUUACUGCUGGCUCUGAACAAGGGGUCUUAGAGGGAGGUCACGCCGACACUGUCGUACAAGUACCCGGCCUUUUUGGCCACAUCGGAACUGCCGUUCACCUCUCCGACACCUUGGCUGGAUGUGAGGGCUCCACCGGUAAACCCUCCUGUUGGCCUAGCAAAGCUCCUAUAGGAGUUUCUGACGGUGGAGGACCCACAGAUGCUAUCAAGCAUCUUCAAGUAAUUGAGCUUCUAAUACCCACAAUCCCUGAACUUACAUAUCACCCCUUAAUGUUGCCUAAAUCUCAGAUUCCAGAUUUAGAUCCCAAUACAUUAGAUAUUUUGGGAAGUACCUUCUCCCUGCUUAACACUUCCAACCCCACCCUUGCUAAGGAUUGCUGGCUUUGCAUGACCACAGGAGCAAUAAUGCCCAUGGCAAUACCUGUUAACUCCACCAUAAAUAAUCAGGAUACCUGCCAAUCUGGACUUCCCUUUAAAGUACAGCCUAUGGAUGCACCUACAGUAUGCCUUCAAGGCAGGAUGCUAAAUAAUUCUUAUGAUAUUGACGUUGGGGUUAGUUCUUUUGGAAAUUGCUCAUCAGUUCUAAAUUAUUCCUCACCCACCCCAGCUCUUUGUCCCCCCAACGAUACAGUUUUUUUGUGUGGAGGAAACUCAGCCUUCCCCAGGCUUCCAGCAAAUUGGACUGGUGGCUGUGUUGUUGCCUUAUUACUCCCAGAUGUUACUGUUGUCUCAGGAGAUGAACCUCUGCCCAUUCCUAGCUUAGACACCUUAAAUAAAAGACAUAAACGGGCAAUACAAGCCUUACCGCUCCUUGCCAGCCUUGGAAUAACAGCAGCUAUAGGCACAGGUACAGCUGGCUUAGGCACGGCUAUACACUCUUACCGUCGCCUAUCUCAACAACUUGUAGAUGAUGUACAAACUCUAUCUGGAACCAUUAAGGAUUUACAGGACCAAAUAGACUCCCUGGCAGAAGUGGUCCUUCAGAACAGGCGAGGCUUAGAUCUGCUAACAGCCAACCAGGGAGGUAUCUGCUUGGCCUUAGGGGAAAGAUGCUGCUUUUAUGCCAAUAAAUCAGGCAUAGUACGCACCAAAAUUAAGCAGCUUCAAGAAGAUUUAGAAAAGAGACGAAGGGAGCUAUUUGAAAACCCCCUCUGGACUGGGCUUAAUGGAAUUCUACCCUACCUUCUUCCACUAUUAGGCCCCUUGCUAGGUCUACUUUUAAUUGUGAUCAUAGGGCCCUGCAUUAUAAACAGGCUGAUACAAUUUAUUAAAGAACAAAUUAACACCUUAGCCUCUAAGCCUAUACAGGUCCAUUAUCAUCGCCUGGAUAUGGAAGACUGUGCUCCUGAGACCUUCUUUUCAGUAGAAACUCGCUAAAUGCUCCAUCUGGGUUUCCAAAUUUUCUCUCUGCCACCCCCUCUUCUUAUAUAACAUUCUUGACCACUCAUCGCCCAUUGG